AUGAAGGAAGCUGUCUACGCGCGUCACCAUCUCGCCGCUGCACACUCUGACUACUGCCGUUCACUUCGCCUUACUGGCACGGCACUCUCUACAUUCUCCGCCGGUGAGCCUCUCUCAGUCUCCGAUAACACCCCCGCCGUGUUCAUCAACCAUAAAACAACCACCCCUAUACCCUCCACCGCCACGAAAACCACAACCACCGUCUCCUUCAUCGUCUUCCUUCCACCACCGUCCUCCUCCGCAGCAACCGUUUCAACCUUCAUCUUCUCCCACUAUAACCUCCUCAAAACUCCGUCACGUCCUCUCUUCUUCCACUCCAUCCACCAAUCAACACCACCACCCUCGCCGCCGAAACUCCCUCACAUUCUCUCCGAUUCAAGCCCUUCUUCUACCCACGAAGCAACUUCUCCAACAAUUUGGAUGAACUACACCCCGAGACCGAACGAGAGGAGGAGGCUGCAAAGGGAUAUGUUGCGGCGGUGGGGAAAUCAGGACGAUGUAGCAUCAUCUUUGACGGGUGAAGGGGUAAUGGAGACGAAUAUGGUGGUGAAACAUAGAGAUUUGAAGGAGAAUUUUGAUAAAGCUGCUGUUGCUGGUGAUCAAAUUUCGGAGAUGCUGCUUGAGAUUAGUAAAGCCCAGCCUGAUCGAACUUUCAGGCAAUUGAGAAAAACUGUGUAUCAUUCAAAUAGUCUAUUGAGCAGCCUGAGCUCCACAUGGACAUCGAAACCAACGUUUGCGGUGAAGUACCGGCUCGAGCCCGAUUCGUUGGAUGAACCGGGUGGUCUGAAGAGUCUUUGCUCCUCUUUGGAACAACUUUUGGCUUGGGAGAAGAAGCUCUAUGACAAAGUCAAGUCUAAAGAAGGUGUGAAGAUUGAACAUGAAAAGAAAUUGUCAGCCCUGCAGAGUCAAGAAUACAAAGGAGAAGAUGAAGCCAAGAUAUUCAAAACCAAUACUUCUAUAAAUAAGCUGCAGUCACUAAUUGUUGUUAGAUCACAAUUCACAAGCUGUGUCUACCACCUCGACCGCUAUUGUUGGCCUUAA